GGACCGAAAGGAAGGGCUGCUGGCGAGCUGGGAGCGCGGCGAACGGCGACGGGCGGAGAGGGAGAGAAGGGAGAGGAGGUCGGUCGGCGGAGGAGCGCGCGGGAGAGCGCCGAGGCCAAGGGAAGAGCGAGGCCGGGGACGCAUUCAGUAUGGCUUCUCCAGCUCUACUCAUGCGUGUGGUCGCCUCUGCAUAUUCGGUUGCGGAAAAAGCUGCAACAAUUGUUAGGAAUGUAAUGGCUGCAGGAGAUCUGGUGAUAGUGGAGAAGACUGGAGCCAAUGACUUGCAGACCAAAGCUGACCGACUGGUACAAAUGAGCAUUUGUGCUUCCCUGGCACGGAAGUUUCCCAAGGUGACAAUCAUAGGAGAAGAAGAACUAUCCACUGACGAGGUAACUGAGGAAUUAAUUGAAGAUGGCCACUGUGAAGAAAUACUGAAGAGAACUUGUCCUGCUCAGUACACAGGAAUUAAAGAGGAAGAGCUUGUAAUAUGGGUUGAUCCCUUGGAUGGAACCAAGGAGUACACUGAAGGUCUCCUUGACCACGUAACGGUUCUUAUUGGAAUUGCUUAUGGAGGCAAAGCAAUAGCAGGAGUUAUUAACCAGCCAUAUUACAACUAUGAGGCAGGAGCUGAUGCUGUGUUGGGCAGGACAAUCUGGGGAGUCCUGGGCAUAGGUGCCUUUGGAUUUCAGCUCACAGAAGCACCUGCUGGGAAACACAUCAUCAUUACCACCCGCUCUCACAGCAGUACCCUGGUAAAUGACUGCAUCAGUGCCUUGAACCCAGACAGUGUCAUCAGAGUUGGAGGAGCAGGAAACAAGGUCAUUCAACUUAUAGAAGGCAAGGCUUCUGCUUAUGUAUUUGCCAGUCCUGGGUGCAAGAAGUGGGAUACAUGUGCACCCGAAGCUAUUCUACAUGCUGUGGGAGGCAAGAUAACAGAUAUCCAUGGAAAUUCAUUUCAGUAUAACAAGGAAGUGAAACACAUGAAUUCAGCUGGGGUCCUUGCCACUUUGAGAAAUUAUGACUAUUAUGCCAGUCGUAUUCCUAACACUGUUAAACAAUCUCUUAUGCCUUAAAGCAGUAAGGCAUCUUCACUUGGCCUGGAAGGCUGAGAAAGCAAGCUUGGAGAAAAACAAAGAAAGAUGAUAACUGAGCUUGAAAUUUUGUUUUAUGGAAUCUGAACUGAAUUCUUACAUUAAGGUGUUCAAUAAUUUCAAAAUUACAUACAGAAUCUCUAGGUAUGUUUGAUCAGAUUGUUUUGCUGUGUUUAGUAGACAACAUCAAAACAGUCACAUUUCUUCAAUAGUUGUUUUCCAUGUUCUUUGGGAGUAUUCAUUCUUCACAACUGUGCUUAAUAUACUGCUAAUCAUAACACUACAGUCCAAAAAUCAUCAUAAUAUUCAGGGCACAAAAUCACAUUAAGUCAUUCACCUGAUCUUGCUCAAUGUUUUUUGUUGUAUGUAGUCAACAAGGGUUUACUGUGUUAAAUACAAAUGGACUAAGAAGUUGAAUGGA